GCUCAAUGCGUGAGUGACAGGCAGACCGUCAGGACCGUUGUGGUGUGGCUCAGACCUUAUGUGUGUGUGAACUGAGGAUUUACUGAAUGUGUGUGUGUGUGUGCAGUAUCAUUCACACAGACGGAGCUAUCCUGUGUGUCUCAGGGAGAAUGUAAAGUGAAUUGAAGGAUUAGAGGAGUGUGUUGUGUGUGUGUGUGUGUGUGUGUGUGUGUGUGUGUGUGGCACUGGUCUGGAAUACUAAGUGGAUAUGUGAUCAAAUCUGGAUCGAGCUGCAAUGCCUACGGAAGAUUAUCCAUUCUCCACUGAUGUUUUACCGCCACUCCCGGAGGUCCCUGCUGGAGGGCCGGUCCUAAGCCAGGCAGGUGGUCCCAUCAGAAACUCUGCUCUGAGAUAUUGCUCCUCGCACAGCAUGGACUCCACGCACUGCAACGAGCGGCCGGUGAGCUACGGCUCCACGUCUUCAUCCGCCUCCUCCCGUGACAGCCACUGCUCGCUGGGGGGGCGGCCGGUAUUAGGCUCCGCUCCCGAGAGGGAUCAUGAUUCUGGAGCCAUCCGACUGGAGCUGGUGCCUGCCCGACAGCUAGAGGAGGAGGAGACGGGGCGACAAACACCUACACCGACCAAUCAGAGCCAUGCAGAUAUUCAGUCGCCGGAAGGACGUAAAGUCCAGUAUGUGGACCGAGUGGUGGAGGAAAUUCUUGAAACGGAAAAAACCUACGUGCAGGACCUUCGCAGUAUAGUCCAGGAUUACCUGGAGAGCAUCAGCAAUCAUUCUCUUCUGCUGCUGGGAGAUGAAGAGAGGAAUUCUUUAUUUGGAAACAUCCGUGAGAUCUACCGUUUUAACAGUGAUCUGCUUCAUGACCUGGAGAAGUGUAACGCCAACCCAGUUGCCAUUGCAAAGUGUUUCGUAGCCAAGAGUGAAGACUUCCACAUAUACACGCAGUACUGCACAAAUUAUCCAAGGUCCGUUGCUGUCUUAACAGAGUGCAUGCGGAAUAAAACAGUGGCAAAGUUUCUGCGAGAGCGCCAGGAAAGUCUUAAACACUCCCUUCCUCUCGGCUCCUACCUGCUUAAACCUGUCCAGAGGAUCCUAAAGUAUCAUCUACUACUGCAUGAGAUUGCCACUCAUCUAGAGAAGGAUUCAGAGAUGUACGACGUGAUCCAGGAGGCCAUUGACACCAUGCAGAGGGUUGCCUGGCACAUCAAUGACAUGAAGAGAAAACACGAGCAUGCAGUUAGACUGCAGGAGAUUCAGAGUUUGCUGACUAACUGGAAGGGGCCUGAUCUGAUUGGCUAUGGCGAGCUGGUUCUUGAGGGAACAUUCCGUAUCCAGAGAGCGAAAAAUGAAAGAACACUCUUCCUGUUCGACAAAGUUCUGCUGAUCACCAAGAAACGCGAGGAGACUUACACCUACAAAGCCCAUAUCCUGUGCUGUAAUCUAAUGUUGGUAGAAGUCAUUCCUAAAGAGCCUCUUAGCUUCAGCGUGUUUCACUACAAGAACCCCAAACUUCAACACACUGUGCAGGCGAAGUCUCAACAGGACAAGAGAAUGUGGGUCCUGCAUCUAAAACGGCUGAUCCUUGAAAACCAUCCAGCCAAAAUACCGGCCAAGGCAAAGCAGGCCAUUCUGGAGAUGGAUACCGCAAACCACCCAAGUUUUAACUACAACUCUGAUGACAAGAAAGUGAACACUAAAGAAGGUCCAUCGCCUCGGAGAGUACGCAGGAAGACAGAGCCCUUAUCUAAGUUAUUGAAAAACUCUAAACAUAUAAUAUCCAGUCCAGAUAUUCAAAAGUGUUCUAGUUUGGGAGUCACUCUGCUGUCACCUGUUGCCCAUUUGGGUACUAUUGGCCGAUCCCGUAGCCUUGUUAGCGAAUCACAGGAGUCUCUGGACCCUGGUGACCACAGUGAUGUUGACGACGAGCCACAUCCACAGGAUGCUGAUGAUGAGGACGAUACUGGUUUGAGCUCUGAGGGCAAGCUGAGAGAACCAGGGAAGGGCAGCCGGAAAAGACUGAAACAGCAAGUGUCGGUGGACAGCAUUGACCAGUGGAGAAAUCACAACCUUACUCAUGCAGACCUCCAGACUGCUAAAGAGUCCCUGCAAAAUAAGGUUAUCACCCCCCCUAUCCUACGGGUUACCGCACCUCCAGAAGGAGACAGAGAUGAACGCUACUCUAACAUGCUGGGAACUGGAGAGGAACCUUCCUUCCGCAACAUAUGGACAGAUCAUCGAGUCCGGAGGGCUAUGUUUCCAACUCGUCAAAAGAGUUUUCAAAUUGAUGAUGAUGAAGACAUCUAUCAGAUGUUCCUGCCAACGGAGAAUGAUACGAGCAGUCAUGAUGUCGAGAGUGACCAUGAGACUGCUGACCAUCCAGAAAGACCUUGUAGCUGGCAUGUUGAACAAACUAAAUCAUCACGGCUAGACCUCCCCACAAGCAGGAGCAGAAUACUUCGUAGGGCCAACAGUGUUGGAGAAAACCAAAGUGAGCAACAAAGCCCUACCAAGCGAGCCCUACAAGACAAAGAGGCCAACAACCAGACUGAGUCUUCAAGCAAUGAAAACUCAGGGUCUUCUUCAGCCGAGCAGUUAACAAUUGAUGAUAUAGAGAAUGUUUAUGACAACAUUAGUUACGAGGAGCUUCAGGCCAUGGGGCUUAUCCGCAAGGAUCAAGUUAACCAUGUAGACUCUGAGGUAGCAGAGGUCAAAUCUAGGAUAGCACCACAAGUAAUAAUAACUCCAACUGAAACCGAGAGUUCAUGUGAGAGCAAUAGGUCUUCUGGUCAAGGCGGGGAGCCACUUGAGACGUGUGAACUGCAAAUUGUUGAGGAUGAGGAGAAUGUCUAUGAUACCAUUGUCUUCCAGGAGCCCCCAGUCCUUGCAGCUGAGAUGGAUCAGGGAAAACCAGAGAGUUUGAAGACAUCUGAAGUAGACCUCAUGGCUAGCCAGAUUUUAGGAGGGUUUGUAUCUGAGGAAAAACUCUGUCCUACAAAUAAGACAGAGGUUGAACAGCCUCACAUUCCCUCUGCUGCAGUUUCAGACACUGAAUCAUCUCAGAUUUCCACAGCUGAUCAUACAUUAGAGCAAGUGGACGAGAUCUGGACGGAUUUGGAAAAUUACAUCCGGAACAAUGAAAAGAAGCCAGACAGACUUCCAGCUGCAUUCCCUGUAAGCAGAACGGAUGCUGCAUGUAAAACACAGGACUCUCCCAAAAAAGUACAUGAUACCCCACACAAAGCACAAGACUCUCCACAAAAAACACAUAACUCCCCAAGUAAAGGGAAUAGGCUGCAACAAAGAGCUAGUGAUUCCCAAUGCAAAGCGCAAGAAUCUCCAAGUAAGAAAGCCAAUUCUGCACAAAAGACAAAUGAUUCUCUGUGUAAAUUACCCUUAAAAAUGGCCCCUGUUGUUCGUGCUGCAUCUGGGUCACCCAACCCACCAGCCUCUAACCCCUCUCCAGCGCUCCAGAUCCCUAUUAUCAACAUUCCCGAAAUUGUAGAAACUAGGUUGGAUGAGAAAGAUGAAGCAUCUUCUCCUGCAGCACCUUCCCUUCCACUCCCUCCUACCCCAGAGCCUCAACCUGGUACAGUGAAGAGCAUUCGCAAAAAACUUGCAAGAUUAAGCAGUGGAAGCUUCAGGAUGGAUGAUGAGGAUAUCCCUUCACCAAAGGACUCAGAGCUUCAGACCCUGUUUAGUAGCAUGGACUCUGGCUCCUCUAGUAUGCUGCUGAGCGUGGAAGCUGGGGACCAGUUUCUAGAGCUUGGGGAGAGGGGCAAGAACAGAGUGUUCCUCAUGGCUAGACAGUACAGUCAGAAGAUCAAAAAGACCAACCAGUUAUUGAAGAUGAAGAGCAUGGACCAUGAAUCCAGUUGUGCUAAGCUAACACUAAGCAAACAGAAAGACCUGGCAGCCAUACUGGAGGAGAAGAAACAAGGUGGCGCUGCAAUAGGUGCAAGAAUAGCAGAGUACUCUCAUCUGUAUGAACAGGUGGUUUUUAAAGGUUCUCCAUCCACUACGCCAAUGCUGAAGUCCUCUAUCAGUAUUGCCGGCCCCCAUCCACUUUUCCCCAGCACCACAUCCUCCCCUUCCCUAUCUGAGAGCUCUUCCCAAGAGUCUGACUGGUUGAGCUGCACAUACAGUAAUGGAGAACUUGCUGAUUUUGUGUCUUGGCCUGCAGAAACAACAGUAUGCACUUCAACCCCACAGAGAGGACUGGCACCUGCAAGUUCUACUCCUGCUUUGAAGAACCUCCCUCCUACACCGAGUGCUCCACCCAAUCAGCGUUGGAGUGCUUGUGUGACACCAGUUAAAGAUGACUCUGAUCACAUUUACACUUCAAUUGGACCACGCAAUGCCAAGGUGUCGCCCUAUAAUCGCUGCCAGUCAUCUUCACUGAUAGACCAGACCGGAAAAGAGAAUGGCAGGGGUCCAAGCAACCAGGUGUGGGAGGUCAAAGGACACGAAUCAAGGACACACAUGCCGCGGCAGCGCAGCCUCCCAGAUUGCCCCAUCCAGGGGACUUCAGACCUCUCAGCGCCAUGUGAUAUCACACUGCGGGACUCACAGCAAAUACUGGUGCUCAACAAAAAUGUGCCACUGAAUGCGCAAAGUGCCACUGAGAAUUAUCUGGCCAACUUUAAAGACACUGGAGAUGAUGAUGACGACUAUGUAGAGAUCCGUUCUGAAGAUGAGGGUGAGGAGCAGAAGCAGGAAACUGCUCAGCCGCACAGUCUAAGGGGAACUACUGUAAAGUACUGCAACCCGCCUCAAGGCAGCAUGCAAACUCUCAUAAAAGGACAGCAGGUUUCCACUAACCCUGAGAUGGCUCUGCAGGGAUACUUGUGGAAUGAUCCGGACUGCAGCCAGCAAGGUGUGAAUCAGCCCACUAUUGCCCAGUCACUGAGGGAAAAGUUCCAGUGUCUCAGCUCAAGCAGUUUUGCAUAGGAAGCAACAAAGAUGGACAACAUGUCACAUACUUAGCACAUAGGAAGAAAUGAGACACAACAAACUUUACUUCCACGUGGAACAUGUUACACAACUUAAAGACACAACACGAAGCACAAGAAAUACAACAUUUUAACUCUUAAUUCAUUGAAAUUUGCAGAGCUACAUGCACUCAACAACAUACGAUUUGUAAAUUAUGGAUUCAGCAUUACUCAUGCUCAUCUCAACACUUGAAUUCAGUUAAACACGGUAGUUAUAGAUCUAAGCGGAACACUGUACACAACAUCUUUCAACUGAUUUAUCUCAUCUCUUUUUCCUUAAUAUGAAGUCAAUAAUUAUAUCACAUGAAUUUUAAUGCACAUGUCAGAUCAUGAUUAUACGUAUUAAGAAAUGAAAGAAACACAUUGGCUACAUGGGCUUGAACUACAGGUACAAAUUAAAUUUAUUUCUCUCUGAAACUGUUACAAUAUUCUCAAACUACUGGUCAUAAUAUUCUAGUGCAUGUACAUAAAUGUUGCCGUACAAGCUUUAAGAUAAGCCACAUAAGGCGCACAUGACUGGUGAUGUUAAUUAAAUAAUCUGCCAUAAUUUCUGUGUAAACAUUUUGACAGUUCCUUAAGCCAAUAAUUAAAUAUUUACAUUUAAUUGUGUAGAAGGUAGUAAAUUUGGUUGUGUAGGUGGCUGCAUCUACAGGUGGUAACAUCAACCAGUGACCAUUCAGUGUGUAAUUUGUAAUAUUUGCAUGCCACAUUUUUUCCGAGGCCAAGAAUACAUAGAAUCCAUAUAUAUUUUACUAUGCUGUACAUUUGGUAUAGAUAUAGAUUUAUCAGACUGG